AUGGCUGGGGAAAAUAUCGCUUCUGUGAAGGUCUACCAGCAAUUAGUCCAGGGCCUUCUAGAUAAGGCAACGGAGAUCAAGAGGGACUGCAGCAUCGAACCCCCUUUGACUGAUGCCGACCUUGGCGAUGCGAUACGGCGAAUACAACAGGACCAAGAGAGUGGACUAAAGGAGCAGAGCCAACAAGCUCAGUACGCAGUGGUCGAAACUGCCUUUCGGGAAAAGUUCUAUGACCUUCUUGCCACAACAUCGAUUGAUGAACCUUCGUUUAUUCAAAUGUGGAACCUUCUAGAUAUUGUAUCGAUAUUUUCGGAUAAUGAGCAGUGCGAACCCGGGCUUCUAUUCUGGCUUAUUGAAGAGCUGCUAGACAGCCAAACCAUCGAUGGCUGUCGCAAGGUAUUUGAUUACCUAGAGUCGAGGAGAGAAAGAAAUACUGCAAAGAGCUUGAUUAUACUACGAUCGUGCAACGAACUCCUGCGACGGCUUUCGCGCGCCGAAGAUACGGUAUUUUGCGGGAGGGUUUUCAUAUUCCUCUUUCAAAGCUUCCCACUAGGAGACAGAAGCUCUGUCAACUUAAGAGGUGAAUUUCAUACUGAAAAUGUGACUACCUUCGAUGAGCUUCCCAAAGCUCAAGAGUCCAGCGAAACCCCGAUGGAUAUUGAUAUUCCCGAGAAAGAAAUUACGGCGGAUACCAAAACCGAAUCCGCACAGGUCACAAAGCAAGAACCCGCCGGACAAAUAACUCAUCCAGCUGCUGUUGAAAGCCUGCAAAUUUCAAAGACCGACGCAAUGAAACCCGUCGAGUCAGAACCUAACUCAAUCCUGUCUAUGGAUGACCUAUACCCUAUUUUUUGGAGUUUGCAAACCAACUUCUCUUCGCCAACUUCUCUAUUCGAUCCUUCCAAUUUUGCAGCUUUCAAAGCGGGCCUUGAGGCGUCCCUCUCUGUCUUUCAAAAGGUAAACGCCGAUAUGGAGGUCCGAAUGAUGAAAGGGUCAGAAGAAGCGCGUCGUGGGCCCAAACGCAGGCGCAUAGGUGACGGCACGGAAAUGACGAACAGCUUCAACCCGAAGUACCUAACGAGUAGAGAUUUGUUUGAAUUAGAGAUCAACGAUGUCGCUUUCCGGAGACAUAUCCUAGUCCAAUCUUUGAUUCUUCUUGAUUUUGUCCUCUCGCUCACACCGAAAGCUAAGGCUAAAUUGGCGGAUUCAACAAACAAAUCAGUUCUCUACAAUUACGUUCUUAAUGACGAAGAUACGAAGUGGGCGUCGCAAAUGAAAACUUCCAUUGCGACCUAUUUGCAACAAGGUUCAGAAGGGAAAUUUUAUUAUCGAAUGGUGGACACUGUUCUUACUCGGGACAAAAACUGGGUUCGAUGGAAGGCAGAAGCAUGUCCUCCAAUCGAGCAUACCCCAGUUUCAAUCCAAGACUAUUUGGAUACGCAGACUAGUGCAAUUAAGGUAUCGACGAGCAAACGACUUCGAUCCACUCCCUUGGGUUCCCUAGACCUCAACUUUCUCAUGGAAGAUAAAAAUAGCAGCAGAGUAGACCGUCUUAAACAUCCAGACAGAUUCUCCACUCCAGCGUUAGAUUUUUAUCUACGCGGCAUUGCAGACGAUGAGUUCAAUAUUGAUAUGUCCCAGUCGCGAGAAGAGAAGGAUGAAGCGAUCAAAGCAAAAGCAAGCAAGACCUGGAGAACGCUACGUCUUUCCUCUCGCAGUAAACUAGCGCUGUUCGACAAAAUCGAGGACGGAAACAAUCUCAAAGUUCUUUUUGAGCUGCCUGCUUCUCCAGAAGAUACACCAACCGCGGCCAACAAGCAAAAAGUUGCAAUGGAAAACGGGGUCAAUGGUCAAGAGGGAUCUUCCAAAAGUACGGAAGUGAAAGGGGAAGAGGCAAAGGAAAACCAGCCACCUGUAUCAUCAGAUGGAACAGCCCAUCAGCAACGUUGA